CAACCUUCAACCUGAGAAACGUCCCUCAAGUUCUACGGUCAACGAAAGACGGCAGCAUAGACUACAAUGACUUGCCAAUGUACCUAUCCAGGAUGUUCACGCAGCUACAUCCGAAGAGAGCACCUCCGACGGCAUAUGCGAGACCAUGCUAAUGAGCAGCUACACUGGUGUCCUCUUUGUCCCUCCAAGUUUAACCGCAAAGACACUCUGAGCCGUCACUUGAACGAACUUCAUUACCACGCCGCUACAACUUCAACCCAAUCGAACGAGGAGCCGCAUCGCGUUUGUGAAGAAAGAAAGCCCCCUGCAUUACCUUCCUACUUGCCUCAAGAGCAAAUCCAAAGUCGCCAAUUACACAAUUAUUUCAAUACGUUUCAUCCAGAAUGGCCAAUUCUGCACAAAGAGACAUUCAUAUCAUGCCCUCAGCCACCCGAAUUGGUCCAGGCGGUUACCAUGGUGGGUUAUUGGGUAGAGCGUACAACAGUACCUGAGUCGCAGAGGAAAGCCGAUCACGACCAUGACAUUCUGAUGGGCUGGGUAGACAACAAACUGUUGCCCUUGCUUAGAUCAACAUCAACAUCCACCAAACCCCAUCAAGACUUGCCAUCUGCAACUCUCUUCAUUGUCCAAACGACAUUCAUCGUCAUUGCAUUCGCCGCAUGGAGAUCCAAUUCUCCGACUCCUUUUAUAAUGACAAACCUCUGGUAUUUAAUAACGACCCUGAAAAAGAUUGGCGCAUAUCAGGAUUCGAAGGUAGACUGCAUAGCUCAGUCAGGGACAACCCCACAACAAAAGUUCCUCCUACGAGAACAUUACCGACGACUUGGUUUGCUUUCUUUCAAAUUACAUGUCCUUGUUUGGUCUCGGUUCCUUUGCAAGAACCCGAAGCUUAGAAUGUCGCGUGCUAUUAUGCCCGAGAUGCUGGAUUUGCACAUUCCCUGCCCGCAACGUGAUUGGGACCAGCCACUUUCUUCGUUGCCCGAACACAUACUUUCUGGGCAAUAUCAAGGCAUUCCUGUGUGUGGGAUGUUUGAUCAAGCUGUAACUCAGCGCACCCUUGGCCCCUUAUCGUCGGUAGUCUUGUGGGACUCCAUGCUUGGAUUAUGCUUGGAUGCAUGCGUGCGCCUUGGAAAGACUAUCGCCAUCGGGGCUUGGAAUCAGCUUGGAGAACACUGAAUUUGAAAUUUGACCUUGACCUCGGUGGGCAAGGGUUGUUGACACGAGUCACAGUGUCCGAUGGUACAAGCAUGGUCGAAUUGGGGUUAAAAGGUUUACUUCUUCAAGACAAUCAAAGCAUCCAGACGAGUCAACACAUGAACAGUAUCUAUCACGGUGAGUGGAUUAAGUACAAUGAAGGCAGCUGAUGUCUUCAAGACAAUUUGCAUUACAAAGAACCGUAUCGAUCAGAGCAUUACUUCAAGGGAGUUGAUGCUAUGACGGCGCCUUUAUAGCUAAGAUUCUACCAUUUUAAGACGGAGGAUUGCUUGUUUCCACAUACCUUACCUGACUUAUACCACGAUGAGAGGCCAUUGAUGAUUUUAGCUGCGGUCUACUGGACAGGACAGGGUUUUGCCAUAGCUCACGCCUUUGCAUCUUCAACACUUACUUCUCUCACGAC